CCGAUUUCGAAGUUCUGCUGCCAAUACAGCCUUGUUUACAAAUGUUACGAUUUCGUGAAAUAUAGCUAGCUGUAGAGUAUGAAGCUAGUAGUUUUGCUGUUUUAUGUUUUACUCAGCAAGCGCCUCAAACUGUUUUGGUAUGACGACAGAGCCAGAAGCGUCCCAGAUCAAUCAUAACCAUCCUUAUGUGUAGUUUUACCGCGAAUUUGGAGAAAGGGGGAUGGGCUAAUGAAAUUAUUGGGCUAGUUGUUGGACCGCCAAGGUAGCUAACUAUGCCAAAAGGACACCAGCUCAAAUUGUGGUUGCAAUCGUAAUUAUGAAAUAUAAUUUUUAGCAAACUCACUAGCUAAGUAAAUCAAUAUUAUGCAUGGCUGUUUUUUUAUGGACUAGCUAACUAGUUGGCUCAACGUUUUGCUCUCAGUCAUGUGUUGUGCUCUCACUUCCUAAACGUAGCUAGGCUAACUCGUUACCGGUAGCUAGCUAGUUAGACUAGCAAAUUCUGUUGUAGUCUUCUAACUAGCUAUUUAUCGGAAAGGGGACUGCAAGUCCAUGGCACCACACGGAUGGAUUCAGUUGUAUUAUAUUGAUCAUCUCUGCCUAACAGUCAGGCAGUUGUUCCUAUAAUAUCUGCAUUCGUUCUUUGUUUUGGCGCAGCAGCUACGCUACCUGCUGUCCUUGCAUGCCAUAAUCCGAUGGAUCCUAGCGGAAGUGACCUGGAUUCGAGUUUGCCCCAUGCAGAGAACCCGUGCCUGAUCGUGGAGGACUCCCAGCCCGACAGUGCGGCACUGGAGGACGACCCGGACAGUAGCUACCGCGCCUUGCUCGCCCGCCGCUUGUCCAGCCUGCAGCCCGCCACCUCCCACAGCCCUGUACUGGAGCUGAUCUCCUCUCCGGCAGGAAACCGAUACUCCGAGACAGACAGCCAAUCAGAGAGGGUCCAGAACAACAAUCACAACGGGCCAGUCAACCAGGAGGAAAGUCAAGUCCUAGAAGUUUGCUCCAAUACAAGGAGGUGUGUUACAGAAGACAUGGCCACGGAGUCUGGGGCGGACUCCACUACACACUGCGCCCAGUCUGAAGGAGGAGUGUCCAAGUUUGAUUUUCUGGAGCUUUCUGAGAGCCAGGGUCUGGGUGAAGUGGUGGGGAACAGUCAGGAGGAGGAGGGCCCUACUGCUGCCCAGACAGACAGCCAGAGACACAACAAGCCAGGUGAACAGAAGAACACAACCAGGGGCUUGCCUUCAGGCAGUCAGGACAGCAAAUCCAAGAGGUCUGAGGUGAGCUCUAGCAGCUCGUCGGAGCCCCUGGGUUGUGCCGGCCGGGAACUGAGUGUCCAGGCUUUGCUCCACUCCCAGGGCCUGCAGGCCUCCGAGGACCAGGAUCCCAAAGGGGACGACUCUGAGCUGCUGUCCUCUCAGGAGGACCUCUUCAACACUGACAAGACAGGCACAGGGGUGGACAGCACAAUGUCAGAGCCAGAGAACGAAGGCGUGCCCACCCUGACCCCCGCCCACACCCUGCGUCUGCUGCACCUCUCUGGGCAGGGCACCCUGGUGCAGGAGAGCCUCUCUCAGAACUCUGUUGACUUUGUAGCACCCACCCAGGAAAAUUUGAGCCAAACACCUUUUAUUGUCCCCAAUUCACCGACAGGACAAGAAAAUGAACUGGGUGCCGACGAACCAAUGGACACGUCUAUGCCUCCGGAGGACCAAUCGGAUGGCAAGGAGGAGGAGCCAAUGGACAUGGACCCAGCUCCUAAGUCACACCCCUCGGCAUCCACCCCAGUAUCCCAGAACUCCCCAGGUUUUGUGUUGGAGAGGACCCUCUCUCUGCCUACCCAGCCUGAGUUCUCUCAUGAUGUAUUUGUCCCAACCCAGAGUCAAGAGGCUGGAAGCAGUAGCAUAGCUCCACAAGAGACGCACAGCAGGAAAGUGACAUCAUCAUCAUCCCAACCCACAGCACUGGAUUCAAGCUCACCCAAGAUGGCCGUUGCACCCGCCCAGUCCAAAGCACCCACAACAACUGACCGAGAACACUCUGUGACUGAUUCUUUCCAACUGGAGCUGUCUGUGAAUACUCAGAGCUGUAGUCUGGCCCAGCAGGCUUCCAUGCAGGCUGGGGGGAAGGAUGUCGAGGAGGACAGUCAGGCUACACAGAUAGAAGGUCUGGACGGACCCCUACAGAUAGACACCAGUGACUCUGUGAUUUCACGUAACAGCCAGAAGAGGGAAAGUAACGGGGUCCCCUCCGACCCAAAAACACCUGCUAUUUUGCCAAAAGUUCCUCAGGUGCCUGACUUGCUGAAGACUAGCGGGGAAAGUACCAGGAGAGAGGAAUGUAACACUUCACAGAAGUCUGACACGCACAAACAGACAACCUUGAAUGUACGCAACGUGAAUAUAGGUGACGAUGGUAUCAAUGUGACCAAAACAGAUAGUUCUCAGAAGCAGGAUGCCAAGGCCUCUUCCCCCUCUCCCUCCUCCCAACAGAAGCUUGAAACCAUAGACUUAUUCACCCCUAGCAGCUGUGUGCAGGAGACGCCUUCUUCCUCGAAUAGCGCUCCCUGUAGUUUGGCCUCCCUGUCUCAGUCUCAAUCCCAGUCUGUUUUCUCACAGAUGUCUCACGUGGGCUCAGUGAAGGCUCUCUCGCCGAGUCCAGGUGUUUGUGUAGACUCCAGAAGAGAUGGAGGAGGAAGGAGAGAAGUAGGAGAAGCAGGAGGGGGAGUGGGAAGCCCGACGAGCUCACAGAAAAACCGGGACCUGUCUAAAUCCAUACAGUCUUUAUCGCAGGAGCGUGGAGGCACUGCUACCAACAGCCCAAAGGAGAAAAACAAAGCAGAUGAAGAAGAGGAGGAAGAAGGGAUGGAGGAGGGGGGAGAGAAGCAGCAGGACAGCACGUUGGGGCCCGAGGGCUCAGGCUUCUAUCUGUCUCUCUCUCAGAGCCAGGUGCUUUCUCCAGAGCCCAUGGAGGAAGAAGAGGAGGAAAAAAGAGGGAAGUUCUCUGUCUCGCACUCCAGGCGCGAGGGAGGAGGAGGAGAGGAGGAGAGCUGCAGCAGCAUCAUUGUGCUGGAGGAGAGCGAGAGGAGCUCCCAGCUACUGGAGAAGGAAGGGAAGUUGCCGUCGAACAUGGGCACGUCUCAGCCAGUGGCAAGCCGGCGGGGGUCAGUGUCGCCCAAUGGCACAGGGUCACAGCUGAAGGACACCCAGCUGGUACCAAUUGGACUUGCCCAGGUUGAAAAGGAAGGGUCUAGGGAAGCAGAGGGGCUCCGAGACAAGAGCCUCAGUGACAGCUCUGGAGAGAUUCCAUUCCACUUCACUCUCCCCAAAGAAGGCGAGCUGAUUGGCCCUCCUGUGAGUGCCACUCCCCCUCUGAUCAGCCAAUUGAAGCAGACACCGAGACACAGCACUCCGAUUGACAUGACUUCCUUCUCUGAGAAGUCCGCGGCGGUGGGUGACGUUUCCACGGAGAUGGCGACCAGCGAAAUCACGGCGGGGGAGAGUGGCGAGGACACGGCCGAAGGGGCUGAUGGGAAACUUAGUUUGCGGAUGAAGCUGGUGACCCCUGUGGAGGAGGGCAGCUCAGAACGCUUCAGCCUGCAGAAGCCACCGCAAUCAGACGAGGAAGGCUCUGUCUCCAAGGUUACCACCGUUGUCAAGGCUGUAACCAGCCCCUCUGUGUUCAGCAGGGUGAGGGAGGCCCACAGACAGGUGAUGGAGGACCAGGCCGAGGCCCAUCCCAGUGACCCUGGAACCCCUGUCAGAGGGGAACUGUUCAGCUCACCCUCACAGCAGAAAAGCUCCCAAAGACCCUCCAUCCCCUCUCCCUCCCUGGAAUGCAUCAGCCUCCCCAACAGCCAAUCCGAGCCUCUCUCCAGCCCCCGCCAGGAAGUGAAGCGUAUGUUGCCAUUGGGACUCAGAGAGAAAGAGCCUCCUGCUGAACCAUCCACCCCAGGCCGUCCAGCAGUGAAAACACCACAAAAAGGCACCGCAGCUGGAGAUAGAGGGCCGUGUGGGCCCCCGGAGCCAUCCACCCCCACCAGAGCCGCUGCCAUCAGACAGAGGGCCGUGUCCCAGCAGACAAGCUUUGACAACACCGUCUCUCCCAGUUCACCCAGUAAGGGCGAGCCAGAGACCCCACCCUCGAGGGCAGCUGCUGGUCCCGCCCAUCAGAGACACGUGCGGACCAUUCAGGAAGUGCGGACGACGGUCACACGCAUCAUCACAGACGUGUACUACGAGGACGGGAGAGAGGUGGACCGUAAGGUCACUGAGGAGUCGGAGGAGCCGGUGGUGGACAGCCGUGUGUUGGACAGCGACAUCUCUCCGUGUCGCACCGGCAGCUCCAUGACCUCCGGUGACCUGGGUGAUGUCAGCUCUCUGUCCUCCAAAGCUUCCAGCCUGCAGCACAGCUCCGGGGGCACCAGCAUAGUCACAGGCCCUGCCCAGAGGGGCCCCGACUUUAUCAUGCCGCCCAGCCGAGGGGCCAAGUCUGCCAGCCCCAGGAGGGGGAGUGGGCCGCAGCAGAGGGGCCACAGGGGUCAACCGGCAGGGUCAGAGUUCAUGGGAGAGAGAGUUCAAGGACUCCAUGGGUCGCGGGCCUUCACCCCAUUGACGCCCCGCGGAAGAGCCAGGAGGGGCAGACCUCCGUCCCGCUCACCCCUGUCCAGGGGUGCCGGCGUCCCGCGUGCCAAUGCCCGCGGCCAACCCCUGUCCUCCGAGGAUGAGCCCUACACCCGCCUGUGUCCCACCCCGCACAUCCCAGACAGCCCAGCUGUCCCCAGCCACUCCUCCACGUCUCUCCUCACCACCACUUCCCAAGAUGAAGGCAGCCCAGCUGGGAGCAGCUUCGUGGGGCUUUGCGUGGUGGCCAAGUGGUCCAGCAACGGCUACUUCUACUCAGGCCGCAUCACCAAGGACCUGGGCGAGGGGCGUUACCGGCUGCUCUUCGAUGACAGCUAUGAGUGCGAGGUCACGGGCAAGGACAUCCUGCUGUGCGACCCCAUCCCCCUGGACACUGAGGUCACGGCACUGCUGGAGGACGAGUACUUCAGCACAGGUCGAGUGAAGGACUACAAGAAGGAGGGCGAGGACUUGUUCUACAGUGUGGAGAAGCAGGGCCAGACUACAGCUGUAGAGAGGGAGGGCCAGACUACAGCCACUACAGCUGUAGAGAGGGAGGGCCAGACUACAGCCACUAAAGCUGUAGAGAGGGAGGGCCAGACUACAGCCACUAAAGCUGUAGAGAGGCAGGGCCAGACUACAGCCACUACAGCUGUAGAGAGGGAGGGCCAGACUACAGCCACUACAGCUGUAGAGAGGCAGUGGUACAGCCGCAGCUCUGUCAUCCUGACCAUGGAGCAAGGCAACAGGCUGAGAGAACAGUACGGCCUGGGGCCCUACGAGCCCUCCACACCCCUGGCCAAGGCCUCUGAUAUCAGCCUGGAUAACCUGGUGGAGGGGAAGAGGAGACGUAGGGGGAUCACAGGAGGGGCCAGCCCCCUCACCCCUGGCCCCUCUGGGAAGAGGAAGCUGAUCAGCUCUGAGGACAGGGACAGGACCCCGGCUAAGCGAGGUCGCAGAGGGGGAGGGGGAGCCAGAGCCGGUCAGCGGGUUGGUGUGUGUAACACCUCAGGCAGUGGUACCGACCUGCCCUGGGACCAUAGUGACCUGGCGGAGACUCACGGCCCGCUGCCUCAGAGUGCAUCUCUCUUCCUCGGCUUUGCCUUCAUGCUGACCGCAUCAUCAGAGAGCGACCGCCAGACCAACCAGCCAAUCAGCGAUGGCGAGGAGGAGUAUGUGCAGACGGCCCCCUAUCACAAACGCUACACUGAGACCCAGCUCGAAGCCGGAGCAGGCUUCAUCCUCCACGACUUCAACGAGGAACAGUGCAAGGCGGCCUAUCAGAGCCUGCUGAUCACCGACCAGCAUAGCCGAACCAGGAAGUACCUGCUGUGUGUGGCCAGUGGCGUGCCGUGUGUGUCUCACAUCUGGGUGAGGGACUGUUGCAAGGAGGGCAAGCUGCUCAACUACAGGAACUACCUGCUGCCCGCCGGAGUGGGCCCUGACGAGCGCAUAGUGGAAUGGCAUCCGCGCUGCAGCCCGUUUAAGGCCCUGCGGGUCCUGUUGGUAUUUGAGGAGCCGGCGGAGCUGUGGUCUGAGCUGCUGAUGAUGAAUGGAGCUUCCUCUGUGAGACAGCACCAAGCAGAAAAGGACAGCUCUGACAUUCCUGUGGGCAAGUUUGACGUGGUGGUCACAGACCGCACCUGUCCGCCGUUGGUUCUGAAGAGUGUGACAUCACAGGAAGUACCCAUGGUGUCGCCCGAGUGGCUAAUCCACAGUCUGAUCUGUGGGGAGCGCCUGGAAUACCAUAGCAACCCCCAAUAUCGUCAUGACUACACAUCCUCAUCCUAAUCCGAGCCUCCCUUCGCACACAAAGGUUUAUUGUAGGUAGAAGAUGCCCUUAUCCUCAGAUCUGGGAUCAGUUUCCCAACUCGCAAUCAUAACCAUUAUGAGGGAUAUCUGACCCUGUGUCAGUGCUUAGGAGCAACUUGUACCUACAUAACGUUAACCACGUUAAAUGUAUUGUAUCAGUUCUAUUGCAUGCUACUGUAUAUAGUUUUAACCUGUCUGUUUAUGGAAUAAUAAACUGACUAUUUCAUUUUAA